AUGCUCCCGUGCUCACCGUCCGCGCCGAUGGAGGGAUGCGAGGAGGAGAGACACGCGCAGACCGAGUGCAACAGACUCACAGAAGAAAGAGACGAAGCCCAGAGACAACUCACCCACAUCAAGAGAGUGUCUCAGAUGGUGAUCGAGGAGGUGAGCGUCCUUCAGACCCAACUGGAGAUCGAGAAGUCGUGCAGAGAGAACGCAGAGGCUCUGGCCACAAAGCUGAACAGUGAGAACAGGAAGCUCAAGUACCUGAGUUUGUCCUCGCGCCCAUGUUUGGACGAGUUCCUGCCCAGCAUCUCCGACUGCAUCGUCACGGAAACGGAGACGGACGCCAUGGAGACGGACGGCGGCCAUGACACCUUUGCACAGUAUCAGCAACAAGUCAAAGAGCUGAGGGAGACGGUGAACAGUCUGCUGGAGGAGAAGAAAACUUUAGUGUGUCAAGUCCACGAGCAGCAGAGACUCAUCACAGAACUCACCACACAGACGCAGAGGGACCAGACCGAGAUCUCAGAGCUCAGAGAGACCGUGGAGAGUCAGAAGAAAACCAUCAAGAGGUUCAACAGAGUGUCUGUGAUGGCGGCGCAGGAGUUCGAGGAGGUGAAGGAGCAGCUGGACCUGGAGCAGAGCCUCAGAGUCAAAGCUGAAGACUACGCACACGAGAUGUUGGUGAAGCAGAAGGAGGCGAAUCGUCAGAGCAUGGUCCUGAUGCAGAGCUGUGAGCCCAGUGAGCAGCUCCUCAGAGCCCUGGACGACCUCGCUACUGCCACCAAGAGGCUGGAGGAGGAGAGGAGACAGCACCACACACAGGUGCAGCGUCUGGAGCAGCAGCUGGAGCAGAACGCUCUGCUGAAGCAGGUGGAGGCGCUGCAGAAACAGCUGCUCCUAUUGGACGAGGAGAAGAAGGAGGCGGAGUCACGGCUGGAGCAGGAAGUGAGGAGGAGCGCCGAGCUGCAGCACAGAGUGUCUGAGCUGCAGCAGGCUCCGCCCCCUGCGCCGGUGUCAGCCCCGCCCCCUGCCCCAGGUGUAGCCCCGCCCCCCGUGCCCAUCCCUCAGCCCCCGCCUCCCCCUCCUCCUCCCCCGCCCCCUCCCCCUCCCCCGCCCUCCAGGUGUAACCCCAUCAGUUCUCUGAUCGCCAUCAUGAGGAAAUCCUCCAAAGGAUCCAAGUCCAGUGUGAAGACGGAGCAGCCUCCAGCAGCGGAGGGCGUGGACGAGGUGAAGGUGAAGGCGGUGAACGAGAUGAUGGAGAGGAUCAAACACGGCGUGGUGCUGCGUCCGGUCAAAGCUCCGGACACGAAGAGGACGACUGCAGCCAAAGCUCUUCCAGUGAGUGAGGAGAAGCAGGAAAGCGCCAUGGAGGAGCUUAAAGGCAUCCUGGAGACGGUGAAGCGCAGUCCCAGUCGAGGCUCUCAGGACUCGGCCUCGUCUCCUCAGCCCAAGAAGGACUCGGAGCUGGAACUGAUCCUGAGACGGAGGAGGAACAAGGCUGGAGAGUCUGGAGACGAGCGCGAGCCGAACCACGUCUCGUCCUCGGACAGCCCGACCGGCCGCAGGACCAGCUCGGACUCCGCCUCUCUGGGACUGACCUCGGACCAGACCGGACCUGCCCUGAACCUGGAGCGCCGGGGGUCUGGACCCGGACCCAUCGUGCCCCGGAGGAAGAGCUCGGACUGCGGAGGAGGAGCCAGAAGAGAGUCCUGCGGCUCCGUGUCUGAGAGUCCGGUCACCAACGGCGCCAUCCACAGACUUUCUGUGGACAAUACAUGGACCAGAGGAGGACCAGGCUCGGCUCAGGUCCCGGCUCAGGUCUCGGCUCAGGUCCCGGCUCAGGUCCCGGCUCAGGUCCAGACCAACGGCGUGGACCACAGUGAGGACUCAGGACUCAGGGACUCAGGGACAGUCCAGGGAGCUGAGUCCUAG